AUGAGCUCAGGGGACGUCGUUUGCACUGGAUGGCUCAUUAAAUCACCCCCCGAGAAGAAACUCAAGAGAUACGCAUGGCGGAAGCGCUGGUUUGUGCUGCGCAGAGGCCGCAUGAGCGGGAACCCAGAUGUGCUGGAAUACUACAGGAACAACCACUCCAAAAAGCCCAUUCGGAUCAUCGACCUCAAUGAGUGCGAAGUUCUGAAGCACUCAGGGCCCAACUUCAUCAAGAAAGAAUUUCAGAACAACUUUGUCUUUAUUGUGAGAACCACCUACCGCACCUUCUACCUGGUAGCCAAAACUGAAGAGGAGAUGCAGAUCUGGGUGCACAACAUCAGCCAGAUCUGUAACUUUGGACAUCUAGAAGAUGGCACAGCCAGUUCAGUGGAGAGCCUGUCUCACACCACCUCGUCCCCGCAGCCAUCGCCGGCUGCCUCCACCCACGCCUCCCGCAUCGCCGACCCCUCCUUCUCGGUUGACCAGGCUGCUGCUGACGCGUCUGCUGCGGAGGAGACCCCCAGUGAGUCGGAGUCUGUCUUCCUCCCCGACUACCUCUUCCUCUCCAACUGCGAGUCAGGCAAACUCAGCCACAACAGCCUGCCUACCAGGUGUCACAGCUGGUCAAAUUCGGACAGAUCCCUGGAGCAAACCUCAUCAGAUGAUGUCUUUGUUGACUCCUUGCAGUCUCAGCCCUCCUUGUACCUUGUACAGCCAUCCAGCGCUGGCUCUGUGCACCAGGAUGGGGCCCCACUGGCAAACCCUGGCACUGUGUCCAGGAGCAUAGACAUUAGUAGUCCACCCAGUGACUUCUCCUCCUCUUCUCCGCUACUGGGGACACCCCUGACACCAACGCUUCAGAUUGACAAGAGCCAAAAUGCACUGCCCUAUGGUGUAACCACGCUGGAUAUCUUGUCCAACACGCCCCCACCACGGCCACCCAAGCCAACCCACUUCUCAGAUAGGAGAGGGGAUGAGUUGGGCAGCGGGGCCCUCCAGAAUGGGCAUGCAGGGAUCUGCCGGACUCAGGUUGCUCUGGUGCCCAGAAGAAUCUCCUUGUCCAGCUUAGACAACGUGAGGAACUGGAAAGCAGACAUGGAAGGCAGUUCCUUAAGAAGUCGGGAUAAGAGGCUUAGCUUGAAUUUGCCCUGUCGCUUCUCCCCGCUCUACUCGGCUGCUGCAGACAGCACAGAGGACAGCUACGUGCCCAUGCGCCCCAGCACCUCCCCCUCCGUGCCCGGCCCCGACUGUUCACCCGACGGCUACAUCCCCAUGAGCCCCGGCUCACUCACCAGCCCUUUACCUGAGCUUCCCUCCGACCUGGAGCCCCCUCCAGUCAACCGAGACCUCAAGCCUCGUAGGAAAUCACGGCCACCUCCUCUGGACUUGAGGAACCUCUCCACAAUUCGGGAGCAUGCUGCUGUGACCAGGAUGUGGACUGUGCCUUACAAUCGAAUGAGCUUUAUCUCACCAGAAAGAGACGGUAUUAAUUCAGCAAGAAUAUUUGCCAAUUCAGUUUCCGGAGAAGAGGAAGAAAGUUACAUUCAUAUGGAGGAACACAGACAGGCAACAUCUCCAUACAGUGGUGCUUUUCCAUGGACAAGGAAAUCUAACCUUGAUUACUUAGCUUUGGAUUUUAAUUCUGCUUCCCCAUCCCCUGUGCAGAAGAAACCUUUUCUCUCUGAGGAGCAGAGAGUAGACUAUGUCCAGGUAGAUGAGCAGAAGACUCAAGCUUUACAGAACACUAAGCAAGAAUGGACAGAUGAGAGGCAAUCAAAAGUCUAA